AUGGUGCCCUCGAGCUCCCCUCCCUCGAGGCUUCGUCUGCUCCUCGUCGACUCCGUCUCCGCCCUUGCCGUCAAGCUAAACCUCACAAGCCUCGCUCUACACCUCCCACCCCAGCCUCUCUCCCCCAUACGCCACGUCCGUAGCAGCAUCUCCAUCCCCUGCUUCCUCGCAGCCCUCUUCGCCCUCACAGCCUUCAUCACCGCCUCCACAACCCCCCAACUUCCCGCCUCCCGUCCGCGUCGCCAUGACGACCCUCGCUCUGCCGCCGCCGCCGCGGUCUUUUUCCUCGGCCGCGUGCGUCGCUACGGCGGCGGCAGCGGGGCCGGCUUGGCCGGGUGGGGCAUCGGGACCGGCCUCGGCGGCGUCGUCUGCACAGUCUUGCCGUUUGUCCUGACGGUGCGGUUGGGUCUCCUCUUGCGCGACGCAGUUGGUUACGUUUACUACCUCGCCACCCUCAUACUCGUUGCUUACUUGGCCGUCCUGCCGCCGAGCCACGCGUCCGAUUUGGCCAUCCUGACCGUCGAGGACAAGCCGCGGCUCGAGGACAAUGACGACGACUUGAAGCCGCUCAUGCACGACCUAUCGCCCACAUCGCCCCCGGACGCCCUGACUGCCCAGACCCCCGUCUUCACCACCCACACGUCCUUUGGCACAGCCUACGGCCUGGCCACCUGCCUCGAAACCCUCCUCGCGCGCUCAUCCCUACUGCUCCUCCGCGUGCAAAGGCAUAAGCUCGUCCUCACCACUACGAGAAUCCACGCGGCCCUCCCGCUCCUCACUUCCUCGUCUCUGCUCCCACCGCACACGCUCUUCGUCUUGGCGCCCGCCUUUGAGGUCAGCCUGGCCGGGGGGCCGGUGUACGACAAGAUUUUCGCAAGGGCCCUGGAGCAGCUGGACCACGUGGUCAGCGUGGGCAAGACGGCCGGCGUGUUAAUGGGUUCCCUGCUGGGCAGCCUUGAGGAGGCGCAGUUUUGUGCUUCGGGUCACAGGCCGUCGCCCAGAUGGUGGUACACGACCAAGUAG